GUAAAACAUUUCACUUCAAAUCAGUCAUACUUGUGUAAAACGGAUUUAGUCCCGCCACCACUUCAAAAACAAAUCAAAACAUGCUUUUAAAACAGUACGGGCAUUACCAUAAAUUUACUUACCUCACUUGCAUAAAACCGAGCACUCAAUUCACGUACUAACUGACAGAACGAUCAAGAACCUAAUCAAAAUAUCCGAGAAUCAAUACCGUACUAUCACAAAUUCAAACUGAAAACUUCAUUAAGACUAUCCUUAAUCUCAAUGCUAAUUCCUAUCAAUCUCCACAUAACCGGACAUCUCCAAAUUCAUUCUUAUAUCACAAACUAAUCAUUUAAAUUCCCGUUAAAUGUUGGCCCUCGGGGUGUGAACAGUAACCGAUGAACAGUGUCGGUGAACAGUGACCCGACGUGAACAGUAACCCCGACUUUCACAAAUUGGCCAAAACACUAGCUAAUCUCACGGGAUUUUCUCUCCAAAAAUCACAACAAGCAAUUAACACUCACUCACAUAAAUCUCACUUGAAUUAAGCUAAAUCAUGGGGGGAAGAGGCCGGCGGCAAGCUGCAGGGAAAGCUCACGGGUUUACCCAAAAUUGAAGGAAAUAAGAGCAAUCAAAGUUAACCCAAGCCAAUUCAAGCAAGAGAAGGGAGAUUCAUGGCUGUUUCUUACCCAAAACCGGAGCAAAUCACCCCCACAAAGCAGGAGCAGCCGGCGGUGAGGAGCAGAGCAAGGCAGAUCCGAAAGCUUCAUGCAGGGGAGGGAAGAUUUCUGGGUUCUAGGUGUGUUCUAGAGCAAGAAGGAAGGAGAAAUCUCCAAGCUUUCUCACUAAUUUCUCAAAGGCUGGCUGGGUUCCCUUUCUUUUUUUUUUCUUUCGGGUGCAGCGGGAAACAAGAAGAGCAGAAAUGGGCUGGAGAAGAAAGAGGAAAAGGGAGAAAAGAAAUAAGCCAUCCUUAUCCAAAUUCUCCUCUUUUAAUGUGGGAGUUUUAUAAAAAUGUUGAGCUUUGCAGGUAUGAUCUUAAUAUGGUAGAUGGCAUAUGGUAUUUGCAACCUGAAAGAACAUUAGAGGAUGGCUUAAUGCAAAUUGUUAAUGAUAACUCUGUGAGAGAGAGGGAGGAAAAUGAUAAUGUAGUUGACAAUUUCCAACCUAAUGUUAGUGAGGAUGGUGUUGGUGUUGAAACUUUUGAUGAGGUUGUUGCUAGUGUUAUUGAGGAAAGGGUUGGUGUUGAAGCUCAUGAUGGGGCUGUUGCAAGUGAUGGUGGUAAUUUAGAUAAUGAAGGUGUCAGUGUUAAAUCUGAUGAUGGUGAAGAAGAUCAUAUUAUUGAUAUUCUUAAGUUAACAAACAAUGAUAUAAAGAGACACUAUUCUAGUACUGCUGCACAUGGUACACAACAUGUAAAUGAGGAUGAUGAGAUAGAGAGUGAUGAAGAAGAUAGAUAUAUCUCAACAUUGAACGAGAAAGGAGUAAAGUCAAACAUGGCAUUAGUUGAGCUAAAACGCAUUAAACCAAGUGCAGUCCUUACGAUCAUGAACACACACCUUAGGUUUUGGUCAAAGGCCUUCUUCAAAGAAGCCAACAAGUGUGAUGUAGUUGAUAACAUGUGCGAGGUUGUCAAUGGUUUGAUAUUGGAAGCAAGGCAUAAGGCCAUAUUCUCUAUGAUGGAAGACUUGAGGGCAAUGUGUGGUAAGAGGACAGUGGUUAGACAGGAAUAUGAAAUUGCAAAUUUGUUAAGAAUUUUGGUCCCAAAAUUUGGGCAAAAAUUGUUGUUGUUAGAGCAAGUAGUAGGAGAGGCACACUUUUAUGGCCUGGUGGUGAAAGGUAUGAGGCAUGCGGUUAUUGUGAUCAAUUAUAGAGAAGAGAAUGAUGAAGACUAUGUAGCACACUGGUUCAACAAGCAUAUGUUUAUGGCAAGUUAUGAAAAUGAAGUUCCAGUCAUAGAAGGAAUGCACCAAUGGAAGGAAACUAGAAUGCCACCGAUGGACCCACCAAUUCCAAGAAAGAUGCCUAACAGACAUAAGAAGAAAAGACUUUUGGAAGAAUGGGAAGGGAAAACAAAAGUUGGCAGAAAAGGGAGGCUAAUGACAUAUCAAAUAUGCAUUAAAAAGGGCACAACUCAAAUCAUGUAAAGGAGUUCCACCAAACAUAGUAAGUGAAAUUUUUAGUUAAUUUAUGGUAAAUUUUCAAUGUGUUUUAUACAUUAAUUUGUUUCUAUGUAUGUAUUCGUAGCAAGAACAAAAUGUUGACCAAGUGAAUCCCCAAGAAACGCAACCUUAACCU